GGCUGCACCACUUUGACAAGUGUUUCUCCAAAUUCAUGCCAUUUUUUUUAAUUAGCCUAUGGUUAAUUCAAACCAUGGUUAAAUUUAACCAUUUCACUUAUUCAUUUACAGAUUCAUUUUUUUGUACUUAUUAUAUAUAUUUGAACGUUUUCCGUUUCAUUUAAAAUACACACAAAAACACACCAAUUUUCUUUCCUUAUUUCAUUUUCUCACUCUCUCUUUUUCUCAAUGUUUUGGUAAACCACUUUAGGUAACCCAGAUUAGUGCUAUUAGUCUAUUAUUGUUAUCACCAACACUACAAAUACAAACAUGGUAUCAUAGAUAUUCACCAAAAGAGGAAAGAAAGAGAAAAACUUUGUAACAAAUUCAAAGACCAUUUUUGUCUAAUUUACCUUCAAAGCACACACAUUGUGUUCUUUCUUGUUUUUGUAGCAUUCAAAAGUUGAGGCUUCAAAUGAAGAGGUCUCCAUCAUCUUCAAGUUCAUCAUCUUCUAUUGGAUUUGAGAAUCCAAUUCAAUCAGUGAAAAAAAGAGGUGCUAAGAAUCCAAAGAAGAAUCUCAAUGUCAAGUCACAGAAUUUAAAGCAGAAGAAAAACCAAACAAAUGGUGCUAGUAGAAGAAGCUCUAUUUACAGAGGAGUUACAAGACAUAGAUGGACCGGAAGGUUUGAAGCUCAUCUAUGGGAUAAGACUUCUUGGAACAAGAUUCAGAACAAGAAGGGAAAACAAGUUUAUUUGGGUGCUUAUGAUACUGAAGAAGCAGCAGCUCGUACCUAUGAUCUUGCAGCACUCAAGUAUUGGGGAAAGGAUGCAACUUUGAAUUUUCCGAUAGAAACUUAUGCAAAAGAGUUUGAGGAAAUGGACAAAGCAUCAAAAGAAGAGUAUUUGAACUCUUUGCGGCGGCAAAGCAGUGGUUUUUCUAGAGGACUUUCUAAGUACCGUGGGGUUGCCAGGCAUCACCAUAAUGGUCGAUGGGAAGCUCGUAUUGGAAGAGUUCGUGGUAACAAAUACCUCUAUUUGGGCACAUACAAAACUCAAGAGGAGGCAGCAGUGGCUUAUGAUAUGGCAGCAAUAAAGCAUAGAGGAAUCAAUGCAGUGACGAAUUUUGACAUAAGCAACUACAUGGACAAAUUGAAGGUGGAGAAAAAUGAUGAAAAAGAACAAACAGAACCACAAUCAAACACAGAAAUUGUUGCUAAUUCCCCUGAUUCUGAAGAAGCAUUGGAAGAACAAACAACAACUACCCCACCUCAAGAAGAAAAUCAACUACAAAUAGAACCUUUGCCGCAACAAUUUCACCAACAACAUGUUCCUCCAACUAGUCAUGAAUGCGCAAUAGUUAAUAUUAUGGAUCAUUGUUUUGACCAAGAUUAUCCAUGGAGCUUCAUGUAUAAUGGACUGUCAGAGUUUCAAGACACAGGUUCGACUAUGAGCAAAUGCGGUGAUGAUGAUUUAAUGAAUAUAUUUGAUGGCUCAAGCUUUGAUGAUAACAUUGAAUUUGAACUUAUGUUCAACACGGAAGAACCUUGUGGUGGUCGUGGUGAAAGUGAUAUUAAUAUUAGUGAAGUUUUGGAGGGUAUUGAUCUUUGUGGAGGAUUAUUAAAUGGAGAUGCUGGAGACAUGGUUGUAGAUGAGGAUAGUAACAAGGAGAAGGAUUUAUUAUCAUUAGAUUCUUCUUCUUCUUCACCAUCAUCUUCAACCACUACAAUUUCUUUGUAACUAUUAUAUUUGAUUUUGAUGUCUUUGAUAACAAGGUGUUGUUGGAUGAAGCUACAUGGAGUAGAACACUUUGGAGAUUGUUUGGUUUGUUGAGAAAUUGUUGGUUGGGAUGUGUUGUUUGUGAUUGGUAGAUGGAUGUAGACAUUGGGUGAAGUGUUACAAUUGGUUUUAGAUUUUUACAUGUCUUUCAUUUUAGGUUUGGAUUUUAGUAGACACCAAAAAGGAGUAUAAACCAAAUUUAAGUUUUUUAUUUUGGCAAAAUAGUUUUGUUCUUUUGUUUUGUUUUUCUCUAUUGAGUAAGGAGAUUAAAUGGAGAAAUGAAACAAUUAAACA